AAAAGGUUCGCGCGCUCGCCCACUUUGCUCGUGUUCAUGUCUCGCGUUGCGCGCUGCGCGCGUCACUCCGAUCUGCGAGCCGUCGAGCGCAACGAGCUCCGUGAAAGAAGGUUUUGGGUGAUUAUGAGUCCCAACUCACGGCGGCUUUUGCUGAGUGCCCGUGCACGGUGAGACCUCCUCCAAAAGGAUGGUAGAUAAAGGCCCCCUGCUGACCUCUGCUGUCAUUUUUUACCUGUCCAUCGGUGCGGCGAUCUUUCAAGUCCUGGAGGAGCCCAACUGGAAGAGAGCUGCAAAACUGUACAGCGGCCAGAAGGAGCAGAUCCUCAGGGACUACCCCUGCCUCAGCCCGCGAGACCUGGACAAAAUCCUGAAGGUUGUGUCUGAUGCUGCAGGCCAAGGAGUCACAAUAACUGGAAAUAAAACUUUUAACAACUGGAACUGGCCAAAUGCCGUCAUCUUUGCUGCCACUGUCAUCACAACUAUUGGCUAUGGGAACAUUGCUCCAAAAACGUCAGCAGGACGUGUAUUUUGUAUCUUCUAUGGGCUUUUUGGUGUGCCUUUAUGUCUUACCUGGAUCAGCGAGCUGGGAAAGUUCUUUGGUGGCAGAGCCAAGCACCUAGGACAGUUUUUAACCAAGAAAGGCUUUUCACUGAGAAAGGCUCAGUUUACCUGUACAGCUCUGUUUCUUCUCUGGGGUGUGUUGGUACAUUUAGUCCUUCCACCAUUAGUAUUUAUGUCUCAGGAAGGUUGGACAUAUAUUGAAGGGCUGUAUUUCUCAUUUGUCACCUUGACCACAAUUGGUUUUGGUGACUUAGUUGCAGGUGUAGACCCAAAUACAGACUAUCCUACUCUAUACCGCUACUUUGUGGAAGUGUGGAUUUAUCUGGGGUUGGCCUGGCUUUCUUUGUUCUUCAACUGGAAAGUACGGAUGGUCAUUGAGGCCCACAAAGCACUAAAGAAACGCCGCAAGUUGCGUAAACUGUCUCUUGAUGAGCUUCGGCACUACAAAGCAACUCACAAGGCAGCACUGCACCUGCCACCUACAUCUAAUGAUGUCAACAUCUUCAGCUUCCUGUCCAAGAGGAAGGAAGGAUACAAUGACUUGAUUAAGCAGAUUGGCACCAAACAAGAUGAUGGGAACAAAUGCAGUGGUGAAACAAAGUCCAAGCAGAUGGGCCAUUCCAAAAGUUGCAAUGAUGCUCCUGUAUAUAAUGACCACACUAUUCUCAGUCUGGAACGGUCACCACGCCUGAAGAGAUGCUACAGUUUCAGUGACCGUGUCACUGUCGCAUUUUCAAAAUCCAAAAACUACCUCCUGGGCACAGAAAAUGGUUUGCUGCUAACAGAGGACCACAGAGACUGUGAUCUAGAAGUUGACCAGGAUCGGAUCUAUGAGAACCAGCUUGACAAAGAUGUGGAUCUGGAGAACAGAGAAGUGGGAGUUGGUCAAGCAGGUGGCCGAAGGACAUGGGACUCCAAAGAGCACCAUCACCACCUCUCCUUUCAAAAUGCAAACAUUACGUUUAUUGAUGAGAACUUUCUCUGCUAUAACCUGGAGGAGGAGGAGGACGAUGACGACGCAAAAGCAAAACUCUCUAUUACAACAUGUGAUGAAAAUAUUGAAGCGAACUCAAAAGAUGAGCCGAGCUCAGAAUCAGAGGGGUCCGUGUUCACUAGUGAUGGGUCAGAACAUGGUCAGUCUUAUGAGAAACUUGUAGAGGAAUAUGCAAAAAAAGAAAAUACAGGCUCUUGAGAUCAACUCGGGUCCAUAGUUAUUUGGACAGUGAGACAGUUUUUGAGACCACCACAAUGGAGUUGAAGUUAAACAAUCAUGAUGUGUUUGGAGUGAGAACUAUUAAAAUAUCACAGUAGCCAUUUAGGAAUGACAGCCAUUUUUAUGUACAGUCCCUCCAUUUUCAGAGGUCAUCAGGAAUGGAACAAAAUAAACAUAAAGGUUAUUUUGAAUACAUCACUUUUAAAGCCAGUUUUCAUUAGACAAGUCCAGGGAUGGAUACAUGAACAUUUUCAAGUCAUUAACUAUCUCUUAGACUGCAUUUACAUCAGUAAUUUAGAAAUACAAACACCAUGGUACUGUAUGGUAAAUUUGGCUCGACUAGGCAGUUCUCAAAAACUGAGUGAUAAUGGAAGAAAGAGAUUAUUGAUGGAAGCCACCAAGAUACCCUUGACACCUUGGAAGGAGUUAUACGCUUCUUUAACUGUAACUGGUCUGUUACAUCAUCAGUUGUACAGUUUAAUGUGGCGGAGCACAAAGAAAGAUUUUUCUUAAAAAAAGAUGUGAAACUUCAGCUACUGUUUGCCAAAAGGCGCAUAGGAGAGCCAUACUCAGAUUUGAUAGUUUUCUUGUGUCAAAGACCUCCUCUGCUCCAAAACAUAGAUAUAACAGGCUAUGACUGGUUGUAUAACAGACAAAAGUUUCACUGUCCUCAGUUUCUCCAGUCACAGAUGCCUAUAACUCUUAAGUUGUCAUGGGUAUAUUGGUGGCUUCCCUCACAAGCCUCCUUCUUGCACAGUCACUGUUUUUGAGAAUUUCAUACUCCAGACAGAUUUACUGUAUUUUUACUAGAUACGGUUACUAGAUUUACUAGA